UCGUGCGUCCAAGAUCAUGUAAUCAAGAAAAAAAAGGUGGCAAAACCAUAAAGAGGUAGGAAAAUUUUCAAAAAAAGAAAAAGGGUGAAAAAAUGAAAACUGUGUUGCAUUUGGGUCGUACAAGGAGAGGAAGAAAGGAAAAACCCUAAGGCCUAAACCCUAACUAGAACCUUCCUUCCUUCCAAUGGUGGAUCUUCCGCCGGAGAUACUUACCGGAAUCCUCUCUCUGUUACCGGCACAAUCCCUCCUCCGAUUCCGUUCAACGUCGAAAUCACUUCAAUCCCUAAUCGAUUCCCAUAACUUCAUCAAACUUCACCUCCAAAAUUUCCUCAAUCGUUCCUUAAUCCUUCGACACAACUUUGAUUUCUACCAAAUCGAAGAUUUCUCUAACCUAACCACCGGCGUUAAACUCAACAUUCCUUUCACAGGUCCCAUCAACCGCAUGUCUCUUCUAGGUUCAUGUAACGGCCUUCUCUGCAUUUCCUCCAAUGCUGGAAUCGCUUUCUGGAACCCUAACAUCCGUAAACACCGGAUUAUCCCCUUUCCUCCUAUUCCUACUCCUCAACACCAUGAAUCUAACAACAACAUUUACGUCGGCUUUUGCAUUCACGGCUUCGGUUUUGAUCCAUUGACCAACGAUUACAAACUCAUCAGAAUCUCUUGCUUCGUUGGGGUACAACACUCUACUUUUGAAUCACAUGUUAGACUCUUCAGCUUCAAAACAAACUCGUGGAAAGAACUUCCUACUAUGCCUUACACUCUUUCCUAUGCUCGAAGAACAAUGGGGGAUUUUGUUGAGAAUUCCCUUCACUGGGUAAUGACUCGGAAACUUGAUCUGUUGCAACCUCGUGCAAUUGUCGCGUUUAACCUAACACUCGAGAUUUUCAAUGAGGUUCCUUUUCCUGAAAUAGGUGAAGAUGUUAAUAGUGAGAGUUUUCAAAUUGGUAUUUCGGUUCUGGAAGGGUGUCUUUGUAUGAUUGUGAAUUAUCAAACUGCUAAAAUUGAUGUUUGGGUGAUGAAAGAAUAUGGAUGUAGAGAUAGCUGGUGUAAACUUUUUACUUUGGCUGAAUCGUGUUUCAGUUUACCUUUGAGAGCUUUGAGGAUUUUAGGUUAUUCGAGCGAUAGAAGUAUGGUUCUGUUGCAAGUAGAUCGUGAGAAGCUGUUUUGGUAUGAUCUCAAGAGUGAAUGUGUUAGUUAUGUUGAAGGAAUUCCUAGGGUGGAUCAUGCCAUCAUUUGUGUUGGAAGUCUUGUACAACCUUCUUUCCCCAGGAAGGAGAAUCAAACAAGCAAGAGAAGGGAUAACUUCUUGUCCCAAGGAUUUAAACUGAAAUUGUAAGGGAGUGAAGGAAGAACCUUUGAUGCGUAGCUGAAGCAAGUUGUUUCUAAUGAUGGAUUUAGUCAUGUUGAUUCGCGGGAAGCGUUGAAUUGAUCAGGAAUGGAGCAUCACCUGGUUUUAUAUCUCUUCUUGAAUGGUGUGAGAUCAUUUGGUCAGAUACCAAAUCUACAUGACUUCUUUCUUUUCCUUUUCUUUCCAUUUGGUGUAUCACUUGGUCUGUAAUUGCUAGGAUCCUGCUAUAAGUAAUUCAAAGAAAAAUUGCAUAUAUGUCUGUUUAGGUGUAAAAGUAUUGAAAAUGGUUUAUAUGUUAUGGUGAUCAAAACUGUUGAAACUUUUUAUUA